UGUUAAUUAUUGGGAGCUCUUCCUGCUCUCUAUUUUUUUUAUUUUCAAUUUGUUGUGUCAAGUGAUCUCUUGCUCCCAUGUGGAACCUGUGAAGGCUCGUACCCAUAUCUCUUGCUCGUCUUAAUUCCUAUUCUUCGUUCUUGUCAUAUCACUCUUCUUUCUUUCUUUUUUUUCAUUUUUUAUUUUUUGAGCUGGUUCCAGUCUUAAUUUUAUUUUAUUUUAUUUUUGCUGAGCCCUUCUUUGUCAUAUCCCAACUGCUACUUCUAAACCUCAUCAGAUCGCUGUUGGGCUUCUUGAUCGUGGUCAACUCACUGUGUUGUAUGGUUCUCUCUGGAAACGAUCGAUCAUGAAGACCAACUGUUUGUGUUGGCCAAAAGGAAAGGCAGCAAGGACAACAGCCUCGUCUCUGCCCGGAGAACUAUGCCGCCACUUCUCGCUCAACGAAAUCAAAAGAGCGACCGACAACUUCCUUCAAGAAUUGAUUAUCGGCGAAGGUGGCUUCGGCAAUGUAUACAAGGGUGUCAUUGACAACGGCAACGUGACCGUGGCGAUCAAGCGCAUGAACCCGGAGUCACGACAAGGUGCCCAUGAGUUCAAGACAGAGACCAUCAUGCUCUCUCAGCUUCGCCACCCACACCUCGUCCCUCUCAUCGGAUACUGCAACGAGGAGAGCGAGAUGAUCCUCGUCUACGACUACAUGCCCAACGGGACUCUCCGCGACCACCUCUACGAAACCCACAACGAUCCCCUUCCUUGGAAAAAAAGGCUCGAGAUUUGCAUCGGAGCCGCGAGUGGUUUGCAGUACCUCCACACGGGCGUGAAGCACCCUAUCAUCCACCGUGACGUGAAGACCACCAAUAUUCUGUUGGACGAGAAAUUGGUGGCCAAGGUUUCGGACUUCGGGUUGUCCAAAAGGGGUCUGGAUAAAACUGCGGUUAGUACCAUGGUGAAGGGCACGUUGGGUUAUUUGGAUCCGGAAUAUGCAAGGCGUCGGCAACUGACGGAAAAAUCCGACGUGUACUCACUUGGGGUGGUGCUGUUCGAAGUGUUGUGUGCAAGAAAGCCACUGGAUCAAAAACUUGCUCCGGAGCAAUGCAAUUUGGCCAACUGGGCCCGUAAAUGCAUGGAGAGAGGGACUAUCAGUGAAAUAAUUGAUCCCUAUCUAAAGGGAAAGAUAGCUCCCGAGUGUUUGAAGGUAUUCGUGGAGGUCGCGGAGAGUUGUGUGCGUGAUCAGGGGAUCCAACGGCCCACGAUGAAUGAUGUGGUGGAAAAGCUCGGCUUUGCACUGGAUCUGCAGGAGGAUGCUGAUGCCGCGAAGGAGAAAAUCAACCCAGGUGGUGAGUAUACCUAUCCAGAUCAGAUGUUAUCAUUCCGUGUUCCGGAAACUACAAGUGACCAUCGGUACGAUAACGUUCAAAGUAGACAAGUGUUGGAAUCGGACGUUGGGACCGGGUUAACCGCGACGAGUAUUGGGUUGACUUACCCAAGUCUUGAUUCUGAUACUACCACAACUCAAGAUAUGUUCACGGACACCACCAACUCAAAAGCUUAGGGUUUCUUUUAUGUUUUUCCAAAACGUUUUUCAAAGGGUGGGAGGCCUUCAUAUGGAAGUCUAAUUGGGUUGGGAAAGGUAAAAUAAAUAAAUAUAGGUAUGAGUGUGAUUGGAGUCGUUUUGUCUAUCACUUUUGCUUUUUCAGAAAAUGUUGGAGUAAUAUAAGGAAGGAUUUAGUGAGAGUUCGAUAUGUUUAUGUGAA